ACAUGAAGUUCUACGUCAUCGCCUUGGCCUUUGUCGGCAUCGCCGCCGCUGACGUCAGUCACCUUAAGUUGGGCUUGUCCGCCGAUGGAGGCUAUGGACUCUCCUCCUCUUCCUCCUCAUCCUACUCGUCUUCCUCCUCCUCGGAGGUGGUGCCAGGUGGCGAUUCCAGCUCCUACCAACCCGCUGAAUACACCCCUGCUUAUCUGAAGCAGUCCUCCUCUGCCGCUGCUGGUGCUGAGGUUGUUCCUGGCGGUGAUUCGAGCUCUUACCAACCCGCUGAAUACACUCCCGCCCAUCUGAAGGCUGCUGGGGUUGUUCCUGGUGGCGAUGCCAGCUCUUACCAGCCCGCUGAAUACACACCCGCUCAUCUUAAGGCAUCCGUCCCAGCAGCGAUUGGCGCUGAUUCUUAUGCACCAGUUCCCGCUGCUAUUGGCGCUGAUACCUACACGCCGGAGAAGUUCAUCCCCCAGGCUGACCAAGAGGCCCACUACAAGUAUAUCCAGGAGCAACAGCAGGAGCAGGAGGCUGUUGUACCCGGGGGAGAUUCUAGCUCUUACCAACCCGCUGAAUACACUCCCGAGCACUUGAAAUCCGCUGAGGUUGUUCCUGGUGGCGAGGCUAGCUCUUACCAGCCCGCUGAAUAUACUCCCGCCCAUCUCAAGGCUGCUGAGGUUGUUCCCGGUGGCGAUUCGGGCUCCUACCAACCCGCUGAAUACACCCCUGCCUUUCUCAAGCAAUCCUCCCAAACUUCUGUUGCCGCUGAGGUUGUUCCUGGUGGCGAUGCCAGCUCCUACCAGCCCGCUGAAUACACACCCGCUCAUCUUAAGGCAUCCGUUCCAGCAGCGAUUGGAGCUGAUACCUAUGCCCCAGCUCCCGCUGCUAUUGGCGCUGAUACCUACACGCCGGAGAAGUUCAUCCCCCAGGCUGACCAAGAGGCCCACUACAAGUAUAUCCAGGAGCAACAGCAGGAGCAGGAGGCUGUUGUACCCGGGGGAGAUUCUAGCUCUUACCAACCCGCUGAAUAUACUCCCGCCUAUCUUAAGCAGACCUCUUCUGCCGCCGCUGCUGCAGAGGUUGCUCCUGGUAGCGAUUCGAGCUCCUACCAGCCCGCUGAAUACACUCCUGCCUAUCUUAAGCAGUCCCCUUCAGCCGCAGCUGUGGCUGAGGCUGCUCCUGGAGGCCACGCUUCCUCCUACCAGCCCGCUGAAUACACUCCCGUUCAUCUUAAGUCUUCCGCUCCAGCAGCAAUUGGAGCUGAUACUUACGCGCCAGUACCCGCUGCUAUCGGCGCUGAUACCUACACGCCGGAGAAGUUCAUCCCCCAGGCUGAUCAAGAGGCCCACUACAAGUAUGUCCAGGAGCAGCAGCAGCAGCAGGAUCAGGAGGCGGUUGCACCCGGCGGAGAUUCUAGCUCCUACCAGCCCGCUGAAUACACCCCAGCUUACCUGAAGCAGUCCGUUGUCGCUUCGGCCGGCUCUUCGGUUGCCUCUGGAGCUGCGGUCCACAGCAGCUACGUUCAGAGCCAGGUCUCGUCCGUCGUUCCCGGAUCCGAUGUCAGCAGCUACCAGCCUGCCCAUCUGAUCGCCGCCUACGUCAAGGGACAGGCACCCGCCGCCAUUGGAGCCAACACUGUUACACCUGCCCAUCUGUACGAGGAGCCCGCUUCCAAUGGCAUCGAGGAGUUCAAUGCCGAGACCCAUGUGCCCCAGGCCAUUGGUGGCGACACCAUCACUCCUGCCCACCUGCAGGCCAGCUACUCGAAGGCCGGCCACGAGACCCAGUACGCCUCCAACGGAGGUUAUGUUUACUAAGUUUAAGUUCUAAGA